AUGGCCAACCUUGCGGUGUCCAAGAAGGUCAGUUUCGUCGGGUCCUGGCUUGAGGAUGUGCUCUCUAACGAGCUUUUCGGUCGUAUUGCAAAUCAGGCCAAAACUAAAAAGGGGAAAAAGAUGAAAGUGAAGGUUAACGAACUAGGAAUGAGGUUAGCGGAGACCACAUUUCUGGCUACUGGGACGAGAUUUUUUCCAAUAAAAAGCCUGCAAAUGAUGAAACAGAAUGAAGAGUUCCCUGCCUGUGUUAUGUGUGUACUCUCUGACCCAAAUAAAAAGUACAAAGUUAUCGCGCUCCGCUGCGAAACCGAAGCAGACGCGGUUCAAUUGACUAAUUUUUUUGCUGAUAUUCGGAGUAAAACAGAUAGCGGAAACUGGACGCUGAGUGGGAGAACUGAUUAUAACGCCAACAGGCAUUUGCUUGAAGUUUUCAAUGAGCAUAAACAGCCAAAUGGAGAUAUAACUACCAAGACAGAUGAAGACAUACGUCAUAUAACUAGCAAGACAGGUGAAGACGUACACCAUAUAACUAGCAAGACAGAUGAAGACGUGCACCAUAUACCAAUACUUGAUGCCAAAGAGAAUCAUAAAAACAGCAACAACCACCAUAAAGAUGUCUACAUUACAAAUGAUAGGUCUGAUAUCAUUCGACACAAUGAUCAUAAUGAUGAUGAUGAUUUUGUGAUUGAAACUGAAGUCGAGACACAUCCUUAUGUGGCUGCUGAAAUCCAUGCAGGCCACGAUGGUGGUGAAGUCAGGGCGCAAACCAGAAGAUUUGAACAUGUUUCCUUGGAGGAUAGAGUAGAUGCUGACCACCUGCCCACACAUACCAAGCAUAUGAAACACAUGGAAACGGUUGUGCAUCCUACGAAACCAGUUGUGUACAGACCCACUCCUUCGGGUGUGGUUUCCUCACAGCCUAAGGUGUACCAUGGUUCAUCGAGAAUCGCCGUGCCAGCAGAGUCUGUAGUGUAUGGGGCUUCAACAUCACACAGUAUUCCUUCAGAGCGAAUGGUAUAUGGGACUUCAACAUCACGAGGUACGUCCCCAGAGCGUAUAGUGUAUGGUUCUACAACAUCACAUAGUAUUCCCUCAGAGCCCGUAAUAUACAGCGCACAGCGCUCAACACCCUCACAACCUGUCAUAUACAGAGCCACAUCAUCACGUGCAGCGCUCCCACAACCUGUCAUCUACGGCACCUCCACAAGAUCGUACGAACCUACAUUCUCUGCAACUUCGGCCGGUUACUACACAAACCCUUGGGCCCAGCGCCGGGUUUCCCGAGACUCUUCUGUCAUUCACAUGAGGCCUGGCGGCAACCAGACGCUGGUCAAAUUUGACCAGCAAUCCGUCAUGUCGAAUACCAGCCGAUUCUCCCGCUCGUCUAGAUUGGGACGUUCAGAACUUUCCAUCCCAACCACGAUUCAGAGAUCAAUUGAAAAUGUUUACCCACAGCCGGUUGUGGUUCUGCGCCGGGCUCAUGGAUAUGUUCCCGGCUACAGAGUCCGCCCAGCCAGCUACCACGCGAGAACUAGCGAUCUGAAAGUUUAUUAUGAAGAUGACCGCGACCGUGGUAUGCUUCUCUAA